GGCAGGCGGGGCCUCGCCCUUCCGGGUCACGUGAGGCGGAGGAGGAGGAGGAAGUGGCGGGGCCGGGCGAACGAGCCCCGCGCUCGAAGAUGGCGUCGCUGCUGCAGUCGGAGCGGGUGCUGUACCUGGUGCGCGGCGACAAGGAGCUCCGCGCACCGCUCUCGCAGCUCUACUUCUGCCGCUAUUGCAGCGAGCUCCGUUCCCUGGAGUGCGUCUCCCACGAGGUGGACUCUCACUAUUGUCCCAGUUGCCUGGAAAACAUGCCAUCUGCUGAAGCCAAGCUGAAGAAGAAUAGGUGCGCCAACUGUUUUGACUGCCCAUGCUGCAUGCACACUCUCUCCACCCGGGCAACAAGCAUCCCUGCUCCGCUUCCGGAUGACCCAGCCAAGACUACAAUGAAGAAAGCCUACUACUUGGCCUGUGGGUUUUGCCGCUGGACUUCCAGAGAUGUGGGGAUGGCGGAUAAAUCUGUUGCCAGUGGCGGUUGGCAGGAGCCAGAAAAUCCACAUUCUCAAAGGAUUAACAAACUGGUUGAGUAUUACCAGCAGCUGGCUCAGAAAGAGAAGAUUGAGCGUGACCGCAAGAAGCUGGUGCGACGCCGAAACUAUAUGCCGCUGGCCUUUUCGCAACAUACUAUACAUGUAGUGGACAAAUAUGGCCUUGGAACCAGACUCCAGCGUCAGAGGUCUGGAGCGCCCAUCAGUGCUCUCGCUGGACUCUCCCUCAAGGAAGGAGAGGACCAGAAGGAGAUAAAGAUUGAGCCAGCUGAUGCUGUAGAAGAAGUGGAACCCCUACCUGAGGAUUACUACACAAGACCUAUAAAUCUAACAGAGGUGACGACACUGCACCAGCGUCUGCUGCAGCCUGACUUCCAGCCGAUCUGCGCUUCCCAGCUCUACCCACGCCACAAGCAUCUCCUCAUCAAACGCUCGCUGCGCUGUCGGAAAUGUGAACAUAAUUUGAGCAAACCAGAGUUCAACCCGACCUCCAUCAAAUUCAAAAUACAGCUGGUUGCUGUCAACUACAUCCCUGAGGUGAGGAUCAUGUCUAUACCCAACCUGCGCUACAUGAAGGAGAGUCAAGUUCUUCUGACUCUGACCAACCCAGUGGAAAACAUUAUCCAUGUCACGCUCAUGGAGUGUGAGGAGGGAGACCCCGAUGACAUCAACAGCACUGCGAAGGUAGCAGUUCCUCCCAAGGAGCUAAUUCUAGCUGGGAAAGAUGCUGCAGCAGAGUAUGAUGAGCUAGCAGAACCUCAAGAUUUCCAGGAUGACCCUGAUGUCAUUGCCUUCAGAAAAGCCAACAAGGUGGGAGUUUUCAUCAAGGUCACUCCACAGAAGGAGGAGGGUGAAGUGACCGUGAGCUUUAAGAUGAAGCACGAGUUCAAAAACCUCGCUGCUCCCAUCCGGCCCAGCGAAGAGGGCGAUCAGAGCUCAGAGGUCAUCUGGCUCACCCACCACGUAGAGCUCAGCCUUGGCCCCAUGCUCCCAUAAGAGGCGCCUGACAGCUGGGUCUCAAAAGCUGGCCACUGGACAGACGGUCACAGUGAGAGAAUACCCUGGGGAAUGCUCUGAAGCCUCCUUUGCCACGUGUAUACGCACUACAAAUUCAAGCCAAGAGAGGAGGAGGCUGCAUGGCUGAGGGGGAAGGAAGCCACUUUCAGCCAAUGCAUUCUUCUCUCUCUCUCGCCGUGAUGCCCACUAUGCGAAUCCGUGGUAUCGCCACACCAACACACGCUUGUUUGACUUGCAGCACAAAGCUGAGCACAGAGAAAGCCUCUAGAUCUGCACUCUACUUGGCCAAAGUCACGUUAGCUUUACCAACAGGAAAAAAAACCUGCUCUGGCUUUCCUAUUCUCCAUGCCAGGCCCACCAAACUAGUCUUAAAUGCACAACAAAGCUAAUCCUCCUUUCUAUAGCAGAGCGUGCAGUCCUUUAGCAAACAUUCCAGGGCUCUUCUCAAACAGCAACUCCCUGUGGCAUCAGCAUGAUACUAGUUUGUUUUCCUGGUAGAUCUCGUUGACUUAAUAAAUUUCCCUGGGCACUUGGGUAUAACUAUAUGAAAAAAAUGACAUGUCCUAUGUAGUUUACAGGAGGACAAAGCAAGGGAUCUUUGAUAUUUAAAGAAACAUUUGCCUCUUAGCUUAAAGAAUAGUCCUCUGUAGCUCUUGUGGGCUUGAGUUCUACUUAGUGCCAUUUGAAGCCUUUUCUAUUGGAAAAUGUGUGGUAAAGCAUGAUACUUCAGGAGCUGAGAGGGUCAUUGGAAUGAAGCUGCUGCUGCUACAGUUAUUGAAGCAAAGGCACGACUGAAGGACUGAGUGGCUGUCUUCACACUCAAGGGUUCUUUUAAUGAGGGAGUCAACCAAAGAAUAAGAAGUACUGAUGGUUAAGUUUAUAGUUUCAAAGUACGUAGGACCUCCUUGAGGUGAGUUAGGAGUGGGCACAGUGGCAGAGGAAAAGUGAGCUUGAGCAGAACACAUUAGGAGAAAAGGUUAGUCAAGCACUUCAGAAGUAAAAACAUUUCAAGAUAAUGCAUCUGCUUCCGUAAAGUAUCAUCUGGCCAUGAAUUUGAGUUGAAAACAGUUACAAAUGGCAUCGUGUCCUUGACCCUGGAUGUAACGUGCCACCAGUACCAGUAGCUAGUAUUACAGUGUAGGCAACUCGGGACUCCACUUCCUACAGAGACUUCAGUUGCUUUUUCACUUGCAAGUGGCAACCUGCUAAAUAUCUCUUCGAGAAACAAAUGCAGGUGUACAAAAUACUUUGUUCUUGGUGCUCUGCCGUGAAACCUGGUGAUAUUGUGAAGGGUCUGAAGGCCACUUAUUUAGUUUCAUGCUGUGUGAGGAUAAUAUUGUUAUGACUCUACUGUUUAGUAUAAGGUGUAUCACAUCUGUAUGGGGGGAAUGUAUAUUUAUAUCUUAGUGAAAUCAUAAUGUAAUAUUUUAGGGCAUCUUGGGGUGCAGCUGAAAAGUUCUUUUUGGUCAAACAGGGACUGCAACCUUCAUGAGUCCACAGGGUGUGUGAUUGAGCUGAAUAUGGUUUGACAGCCUCUGGGAAGGGAGAGCGCCUUAUUUGCUAGUCUGUCUGGUGGGUCUCAGAGCAGAAACUUCAUGUUUACAAGUUUGCAUAGUUAAUACACAGAUGUACAGCAUGAGAUUACAAAGUUUAGCCGAGUAUUUAUUCUUCAGCGUAUAGUGUUAGUGUCUGCGGCUGUCUUACCUUACUAGAUAACAAAACACUUCAAAGCUUUGGUCAUGGGUUCUUUUAGAGACCAAAAUAACUAGCAACACAAACUAUUUAAAAAAAAAAAUCAAUCUUACCCAAACUAUAUUUUUGACUGAGUGAGAUUUUCAUGCUGCAGUCAGGAAAGGCAACUCUACUUUUAACUAAAGAACUUGGAAUGCGCUGCUGUUGGGGAUUACAGCACAUGAGAGGUUCUGCAACUCUUAAUUAAAACUACUUUUAAUGCGAGAGAAGAUGUAACUUGGUUCUAACUUGCUAGUUUGAAAAUGUAGGGCACAUGGGCUUUGAACAGUUUAAUUAAUCCAGUGAAUUUCUUUAUUUUGAUCAGCUUAUAGCAAAUAGGAGUAACUUUAGCUGUUUUCCGUGCAUUUUGUGCAGAAACAUCUCAUUUGUUCCCACGGGGAGCAGUGGAAGCACUCUGCCUUUAUUGAUGUUGACUCCACUAAGGACAGAUUACUGUGUUGCCUUAUUGCUUAACUUCAUGUAGUGAAUUUGAAAUAAAUAAAGCGGACAAUGUUGGCUCUA